UGCUUGAAUUUAUUAAUGGACGAAGACUUAAAUGUAACAUAUAUAACUCUUGAUGGGUUUGUGGAAGUCCACAACUACAGAUACAUUUAUUUUACAAUAAUUUUAUUUGUAUAUAUUUUAGUAGUCUGCAGUAAUUCUACUAUUGUGUACCUUAUCUGGAUUCACAAAAACCUCCAUGAGCCUAUGUAUGUUUUUAUUGCAGCUUUGUUAAUCAACUCUGUUCUUUUCAGCACUGCUAUCUACCCAAAGCUUUUGAUUGACCUUUUAUCUGAAAAACCAAUCAUAUCUUAUUCAGCCUGUCUCUUUCAAUAUUUUAUGUUUUACUCUAUAGGCGGUUCAGAAUUCUUACUGUUGGCAGUCAUGUCCUAUGACAGGUAUGUUUCUAUAUGUAAACCUCUGCAAUAUCCAACCAUCAUGAAGAAAUCCACUGUCAUUACGUGCCUGGCUUUAGCUUGGCUUGUACCUGCUUGUCAGCUUGUGGUAUCAGCAACAAUGAGCGUUUAUGAAAAGCUCUGUAGCUUUACACUUAAAGUAAUUUUUUGUAAUAACUCAAUUUACAAACUUCAUUGUGUGAGUUCAAGAGCAUUAUCUAUGUAUGGUGUGUUCCUUUUGCUAAAUGUUGCACUUUUUCCAUUGCUCUUUAUACUUUUUACAUAUGCAAAACUAUUUACAAUAACCUAUAGUAGUUGUAGAGAAGUCCAGAAAAAAGCUGCACAGACCUGUUUACCUCACCUGUUGGUUUUGAUAAACCUUGCCUUGUUGGGCACUUUUGAUGUUGUUAUAGUUAGACUGGAAUCUGAUAUUCCAAAAACUGCACAUUUAAUUAUGACUUUACAAAUGCUUUUGUAUCAUCCUCUCUUUAAUCCAAUGAUAUAUGGACUAAAGAUGAAAGAAAUCUCUAAACACCUCAAACAGUUGUUACGUCAAGACAAAAUGAACUAA